AAAAAUGAUAAUUUUCUAUUAGGAACCAUAUUGAUUUCAGUGGAACACUUUUUUUUUGAAAAAACCAGAAUAUAUAUGGUACAUUUGGACGAUCUACGACGAAUCCUUCUGUGUGUGUUAACUUUCCUUAACCCAAUUCCUGGCAUUCGGCUACCAGGGUAGCAAAAUCGAUUUUGAUUGCUUAUUGAUCAGAUUCUAGGAAACCGAUUGACUUUAAAUUAGGAAUGUGUAUGUAAACAUAUUACAGUCUUACUUUGAAAAUUUUCAUUGCUUUUUGUUUUUUAAUACCUAUUUUUUAGAAUAUUUUGUUUUGCAAUACCCAUAUAUUCCAGGUAAUCGGGCUACACGGGUUGCCUGUGACUUUGUUGAUAUUAGUGUCCUUUUACCAUGACGUGUCGUAAUGUAACGGUUUAUGCGAAACUUUCUUUAUCUUUUUGAUUACUUAUAGAAGAAAUCUGAAAAUAUUUUGUUAGACGUGUAAAUUAUGUUAGGAUAGUCGUGUGGGAUGGGAUGGGAUGGGAGUACCUCGAGGGAUAAUACAGGCUCUUCCAUCCAACUCCUAUUCCGACAUGUCCUCAUCGUGCAGAGUGGUAACAUGUGCCACCACAUAUCCAAGCAUGGCAAAACGGUCACGACUACAGAAAGCUACAGAAAGCUAUAGACGUGUAAUAUACUGUUCUAUAUACCCUGAAAGCCGUUUUGAUUUGGACAUUUUGGAAAGUACUGCAAACAUUGUUUUAAACGAUUUGUUUUUUUUUUUUGUCAAUAAUAUCCUGUCGGUUUUGAAACUUUAAAGCAUUAUAAAGUAGCAAUUAGAACCAAUUUAUGCAAAGUAAUAGAAACUACAUUAGUUUAUUUUUAUUUUCAUCAGAAUACAGUUCACGCUCGGUAAUCCGCGCUUGAUCGAGUGCAGCUACCACUGUUGAUGGAGCUACCGGCUACCGUUUGUUGUAGCUAAAUCCACCACCGACUAUAUUUUUACACUUGGACAGAUCCUCCAGAAGUGCCAAGAGUGCCAGAUCCCUACGCACCACCCGUUCAUAGACUUCAAGGCGGCUUACGACACCACAGACCGGAAUGAGCUAUGGAACAUCAUGCAGCAGUACCAUUUCUCUGGGAAGUUGAUACGGCUGUUAUAAGCCGCCAUAAACGGGAUGCAGUGCAUGGUGAGAGUAUCGAACUUGACGUCGGAAUCGUUCGAAUCUCACAGGGGUCUGAGGAAAGGUGACGGACACUCCUGCCUAUUCUUCAACAUCGCUCUGGAAGGUAUCAUUUGCGGCGCGGGGCUAGACAACGACAUCCGUGGCACGAUCCUCUACCGGUUUCUCUAAUUUCUUGGAUUCAUGGAUGACAUCGACAUCAUCGGCAAGACGACAGUGAAGCUGUGUGAGGGGUACACCCAACUCAAACGCGAAGCAGCAAGAAUUGGUUUGAGAAUCAAUGCGACGAAGGACCUGCUUGCAAGAGGCUCAGUCUGAGAUAGGGCCCAACUGGGAAGUAGUGUAUUAGUUGACGGCGACAAUCUCGAGGUGGUAGCAGAUUUCUGCUAUCUUGAGAUGGUCGUAGCUUCGGACAACUACAUCAGCAGUGAAAUCCGGAGACGCAUUGUGCAGGGGAAUCGUGCUUACUAAUGACUGACUGCUGAGAUCCAGAAUACUUCGAGACCGCACGAAAUGUGUGAUAUAUCCAACAUUGAUUCCCGGUGCUCCUCUAUGGACACUAGUCUUGGACCAUUCGAACGGACGAUGCAAAGGCUGUGGGCGUGUUUGAGCAACGCAUCCUCUGGAUCAUCUUUGGCGUUCGAGCAUGGAGCGUGGAGCAGAAGGAUGAACCACCGACUUGCUGAGUUGUACGGCGAACCGAACAUCCUGACGGUUACGAAGGCUGGCAGGAUACGAUGGCGGGACAUGUUACAAGGUUUUCGUAGCCUAUUCAGUAUUGUAUAUUAGUUAUCGAUUUCGUCCCGACUGACGUAAACCCUUAAUUGGAAACUGUCCAAGGUUCCGAAAUUGAUUGAGAUUUGUAUGGAGAUUGGCAGAUAUGAGUAGCUAAGUAUGAGUUAUUAGUUACUAAGUAAAUUUGGACUCCCUAGCAAUCAAAUGAAAGCUCGUUUUUGGGCCACCAUUUUCAAAGCUUGUUUUUGACAAGCCUUAACAUGACCAAAGAGGCGAAUGAUGCCAAUCGGCUCAAAGUCUCUAUAAAAAUAAAGAAAAUAAACAUGACCAGCUACAAUGAAAUAAAUCCAUCAACCAAAUGUGAUCUAUAUAUUUUCUUGAUCAUAUUAGCCAUCAUAAAAUGCACUGAUUCCUAGGUUAUAUUUGAUUUUUUAGACAUGUUUUUUGUAAUAUGUUUUUUUUAAUCUAUUAUUUAUAAUUCAAAAUAAUAAGUAGAACUAUCAUCAUAAAUGUAUGAAAAUUCAUACGUGUGACAAUACUUGAAUAUUUUAUGGGAACCGUCAUGCCCCAUUUUCCUACCGAUCUGUUUAUUUCGGCAGCGAAUCGUAAGAGACGAACCCAACGGGGAGAACAUAUUUAUCUCUGUGUGUUAGUACACUCAAACGUAUGUUUCCACAGGUCCAUCCAUCCAUCCUAUUGAAAGACGCAUCCACCAACACGCUUAAACAUUUGCUGUGGAUCUCUUUCGCACUGCUGCUUUCCACUCGGUUAUCUCUAUUUGAUCGGUUUAGAUUGUUUCGACACGCUUCAUCCCCGGAUGGAUUGUUAUCACCCCGAAGAACAACUCAAAAAUCAGUUGCUAUAUCUCACCAGUUCGUUGUUCACGACACCUGCAAUGGGAGGGGGCCAUGAUAUAUGCUGAUCUCUUGCCGUUUUGUGUAUUUUGUAUAGCACAGCGCACAUACAACAUCAAACAAUCGUGGGACCGAGACGACACUCGGCACUGUUUUGAAUCGGCCGCUAGUCUGACAGUUACCACCGUGCACGAUCGUCGUGUGGCUGUGGACGACGGAUGGUCAACUUUUCGAGCUCCGUCAGUGUGAUCUGGUUGGCUAGGGGUGGUUGCGUCCAGUACAUUAUUGUCCCUUGUGUUAUUUGUACGAUCUUGAUACGAAAGUUGUGCAUAGCUUGCCGUUUAUGCAUUUCAACACAAUUUAGCUUAAAGAUAUAGUGCAGAUCAUUAUCCCUCUAGCAAGUAAGCGCGAUUCGAUCAAUAGCUGUCCACCUCUCGCGACAUCAUCCCGUAAAAAUCAGAUUGAGCUGGUCACAGGGGAUUGAAAAUAAAAUACAAAACACAGCUACAAAAACAGCUUCAAACACCUCUACUACACGCAAGCUUUAGAUGGAACGGAUAGAAUGAAAUGUUACAACCGCACUAUUCUAGUUCUAACGCCAUUGCACGAUCACCAUUUAAAGCUGCCAAGCGCAACAAUAACGUCUCUCGAAACAAUAGAGCUCAACAAAUUGAACUAACUGAUUAAACAAACCACAUUAAACAUCAACAAAGUAUCAUCCGGCCCACCAACUUCUGGCUACCAGCUCUUGGCAGACGAACAAAAUGGACAAUUAUGGCUUUAAAGAUAGUGAUAGUACAACAGCACCAUCACCCCUUCCACCACCAUCGACGCCACCAGUACGGCCGCCUAGAAUAUUUCGAACGAUAAGCUGCAUUGAGAAUGGUUCCAUUAAGUUUCCCCGUUUGAGUAGCAGAUUCAACGCUACAUUGAAAAAGGAUACUGGAGAGCAACCGAUAGAUCCAGAAGCAGCAUUAUCGGAGACGCUUAUGAAUGAGAAUGGGCCUCGUAAUGAGAAUAGCACCAAGACUGCUAACAUACAAAAUAACAUAAGCGAUGUGACUGCUGGAAUCAGACGCUCAUCAGCAGACAAUCAUAACGUGUCUGCAGCAACAGUAAAUGGAAGCUUUACCACCACCACAAAUACUAACACCAAAACAACUGCAUCACAUAGUGGAACAGGUCAACCUAACGGUCGUAAAUCGCACGUUGACUGUUAUGAAUACAUGGAAGUAGGACCAUCCCCUCCUGCCGAGGGCGCACCGAAUCUAUACGAUAGCUACGACGAAAGUUACUCCGAAUCCAGUGCCCAACUCUGUAAUGACAUCAUCCGUAUAUCGCUCACAGAGCAGAUGCGGCUUGCAGGUGGUCGAGUGGCAUUGCUUGAAAGUUUCGAACUCGACCUCACACUUGAUUGUGCGGCAGUCGAGCAUCUGCUGAAUGGAACAGCAACACUCGCAACAUCAGGGCCAGCAACGAAUACCUCAACUACAACCUUUCCCACUAACAACAGUGUCAGCGUUGGAGGACAACAGCUUGAAAAAAAUAUCUGCUUUCUGUGGGCGGCAUUUCUACGAAAGUUUCAUCUACUUGAUCAGUGUGUCCGACUCGGUGCCGAUAUCAACUUUUGCGACAGUAAUGGUUUAACAGCGCUCCAUCUCGCAUCUUUCAGUGGGUGUACUGAAUGUUGCGCAUUUCUGAUUCAGCAUGGACUAGACGUUAAUAUGCAACCUAAAUGGUACACUCCAUUACACUGUGCCGCAUUCGGUAAUUCAUUAGCUACCGCUGAGCUUCUAAUUAAAAAUGGUGCUCGCAUUGACGUGCCAACCAACAAGCAACACUGUGAAGAAUCGUUGCUUCACUGUGCCGUACGUUCAAAUGCUAUCGACUGUCUUCGAUUCUUCAUAGCCCACGGUUCAAAUGUAAACGCACUAGAACGUAAUGGAACGAACCCAAUCCAUCUUGCCGCCGACCUCGGCCACACCCAGUGUCUUGCUGCAUUGCUAGAGUGUCCGAAUGCCGAUCCCAACAUCCGUAUUCAGCAAGGGGAUAAGCAGAUGACUGCGUUGCACCUUGCCGCAGACGAGGGUAAUUUGGACUGCGUUACCCAACUGCUAGCACGAGGCGCGGACGUCCGCGCUCGUAAUCAUCGUGGUUUUACGCCGCUACAUUUGGCAGCUCGCAGUGGAAGUGCAGAUUGUGUCGAGGCCCUACUAAAACUUGGUGGAUGUGAUCCGAAUAUGGCCGAUUUCGAUCAACGUACGCCACUACACGCUGCAGUCAGCAAAUCCGAUACUGCCGUCGAAAUGAUUGAGACACUAAUUGCAUGGGGUGCUAAUGUCAACCAGCGCGAUGUGUACGGAUUUACCGCACUGCAUCUUGCGGCAUUAGAUGCACUAGGUCCUUGCGUAGAAACAUUGCUUUACCACGGUGCGGAUGUCACAAUGAAAUCCAGGAAGGGAACUAGCGCUCUCAACAUUAUAAGUCGUAAAACUCCGGCAUCUCUAGGAGUCAUACAAUGCAAACUUGAUGCUGCUAUCACUCUGACACACUCCCAGGAUUCAUCCAGCCGGGAGGUGGAAUUAGAACUAGAUUUUCGCAGUAUCCUGCAACAUUGCCACCCAAGGGAAAUUAGCUAUCUAAAUACAUUUGUGGACGAUGGACAAAAGGAAUUUUUGCAACAUCCGCUCUGCUCAGCUUUUCUCUACAUUAAGUGGAACAAAAUACGCAAAUACUAUAUCGCGCGAUUGCUUUUCUGUUUCACAUUUGUGCUCUUUCUAACACUGUACGUGCUCACAGCACUAGCGCAUAAUUGCUAUAACGGCAGCAAGGACAUGAAGGAAACUAUUCAGGAACAGGAGCUUUGUCAAAAACAAUCCAUCUUUGGAGAUAUGCUACGCAAUAACCCAUUCGUAAUUGAGAUGCAAUGGAUGGUUCUAGUGGCAAUCACAGCAAUUGAAAUUUGUCGUAAGAUCUAUGGCAUCACUGGCUAUACUUCGUUAAAACAUUACGUAACACAAACAGAAAAUGCGAUCGAAUGGUUCAUCAUACUGAGCGUAUUUGUUAUCUCUUACAUCUACACUAAAAGGACCUACACUUGGCAGAAUCAUGUAGGAGCCUUUGCAGUACUGCUUGGUUGGACGAAUCUGAUGCUUAUGAUAGGUCAGUUACCCGUUUUCGGUGCGUAUGUCGCCAUGUAUACCAAAGUGCAGGUUGAAUUUGCCAAACUUUUCAUGGCCUAUUCAUGUAUGUUGAUUGGCUUCACAAUCAGCUUUUGUGUCAUCUUUCCAUCUUCUUCUUCGUUUGCUAAUCCUUUCAUGGGAUUUAUCACUGUACUAGUGAUGAUGACGGGGGAACAAGACCUUGAAUUGCUGAUCAAUGAUCCUGAUGGCAAGGAUCCACCGUUUCUUCUUGAAAUUAGCGCUCAGAUUACUUUUGUGCUGUUUUUAUUGUUUGUCACAGUCAUUCUGAUGAACUUGCUCAUUGGUAUAGCUGUGCACGAUAUACAAGGAUUGAAAAAAACGGCCGGUCUGUCAAAAUUAGUCCGGCAAACGAAACUGAUUUCCUACAUCGAAUCUGCUCUUUUUAAUGGUUGGCUACCAAACUGGCUGCGCAAUUUACUUUACUACACGGCGCUGGUCUCGCCACAAGCUUACCGUGUUGUGUUAAGCGUCAAACCUCUCAAUCCCGGCGAAACAAGACUUCCCCGGGAUAUCAUGAUGGCCGCAUAUGAGGUAGCGAAGCAGAAAAAACACUAUGUCAGAAAGAGUUUCUCAACACUACGUCGUGAUGUGUCUUACGAUCCUCAAAAAAACGCACUAAUAGUGAAUGGGAUGCAGUCAAAAACGUACAAACGCACAGAUAGUAGCUGUAAUGUAUCCAACUGUCGCCGAGCUGCUCACACAGGAAUGGGAGUAGCCAGCACAAAUAAUGAUCAUACAACAAAGUUUGGAUACGUCUAUGACACACCAACGCUGUAUGGUCUCACCAAUAAGUUAGACGAACAUAAUGACUAUAUUGGUAACAUUGCAACAGAGAUUGCAGAACUACGAUCAACAAUCGAGGAGAAUCAGCAGAUGCUGCGGCAGGUGCUCGAAUUACUAAGCAAAAGUCAAACACACAACAUUCAAUCGAAUCAAUUAUAAUACCGAUUAAAUGUGGUGAUAACGUCAUCUUCACACCGUCCAAUAUAAGGUGCAUCUGCUAUAUAGUGUUGUAUGGCGCUACUCUCUAACCUGAAGGGGACUUUCUUUGAUUUUUUUUAUAAGCUAAAACGUAGACGCAAUUGCGUUCGUUUAUACAGUAUCCGCAGUGACGUCAUUUAGAUGUGAUUUUCCAUAGAAUGUAGUAGAUAGCUAUAGCAGUGUAACUCAGUUUUUAAAUUUUUAAUCACAAAUAGUAUCAUCAUUACCACAAAUAAUAGAACAGAUAAUAACUACACUGUCAUACCUGUUCUGCAUCAAAUUAUUGUCAAAAUUAUUAAUAACAUUAGCAUUCUUUGUUAAAUGUUUUCAUGUUGAACGAUUGACCAACCUUUAUCGAAAACGGUUUAUCAUUUCUUUUUUUUUCGAUUUUAUUGUCAUUAAGGUCCAUGGCAUUGCUUCGUCGGAUGUGAAUUUAUCGGAAGGCCAGUCAGAUUUUAUAUGGGAUUUAACAGAUAAUGUAGGACGUGCGAUUUCGUCGUACGACGGAAUAAUUUUAUUUUUUAAUUCGUCGGAUCGUCGCAUCCGAUUUUAUCUGGCAAUGUAAUUAUGUAGGAACAACAUGAAAUUAAUUUUUGUAUAAUAGUGAAACAAUUGGAAUUAUACAAAUAAUCGCAAUAUGAACCGAAAUAGCAUGUGACAGCAACGUCCGAUAAAAUCGCAUCAGAUGGGUACUGCCACGGGCCUAAGGCACUAUACCAGGGUAUCGUAUUUUAAUAAAAUCAAAUGUGAUUGCAAUAAAAAACAUCGUGCAUAUAAUGCAUCGUAGAAUACUCA